UCUCGAGCUCAGGAGCCUCCCAGUUGCUCGAAAAGCCUCCCGUGGUGGUGCUCCGAAGCCGACCGAGCCUUGGAAAAUUCGUUCCGAGGCCUUCCUCUGGAAUAAAAAAAAAUUCAGGCCCGCGUGGCGUUGUUGCUUUUUUUUUUUUCUAACAUCGCGCUCGCAGGAUGAGUGAGGUUGGGAGUGAUAUUGGCUACGAUGAGACGCCCUUGGGAGGCUAUCACUUGGCCGGGAAUCCCAAUCCUAUGGGACUCCCCUUCUUCAGGGAUCUACAUGACUUCACUCUGCACCAGGAGGACCGGGCUUCUCUCCUCGGGUCGACGGAGCUCCUGGCCCGAGAUUCCUACUCGGAUGACAAUGGGUCCAGCGUGGAGCUUAUGAAGCACACGACCACCAGAUACGGGACCUGGAAACCCAUUGACGAGGGCAUCACCUUGACCUGGCGUGACCUGAGUGUGUACGUCCGGCAGAAGAGGGUCUGGUACAAGAGGCACAAAGAUACUCAGAAGCCCUUUAAGCGCGUGCUGAAUAAUGGUAAUUUGCAUAUGUAG